AUGGGACUUGCUCUCUUGUCGCUCUGCUUCUCGAUCUACAUACCCCCUUCCCCCCUCCGAUCCUCCGGUCUGCACCUCCAAGGUCCAUUUCCGAGCAAACAACAGCAGGCGUCAAACAAAGACGACUUCCAUCUGCAGAGGCCCGUACCACCGUUGCCAGUGAAGACUCGAGGAGGCAGCGAGAUGGAUCGCCCAGGCACGCCGCAAGAGGCCUUUAUGAGCCCACAGCAAACGCCCACUGGCAGUCCGAGCAAACACCACCAGCCACCCGGCGCAUUCGAUCUACCCCAUGUCUUCGAGAAUGCCAUGCGCCUGUUGCCCACCAUGGGCUCGCCGUCCAAGCCGAAGCCAGGCACGCCCACCUCUCCCAACAAGACGGCGCUGCAGACCGCCGGGGGGGCCGACUACUCUCCGCCGGCGGCCGACCAGACGACCAUCACGCCUGGCAGUCCGACGCGCAAGUCCAACAAGGAAAACACACCACCCAGUGCACGAGCGGGCGUACAGAAGGAACCGAGUUACCUGACUCAUGCAGCACAGUCACGUCAGGAACCCUAUCGGGCGAGAGAGGCGGAGCAGUCGACGCGCUACCUCCAGGGUCCACAACGCCUGUCGCCAGAGGAGCUCGAGAAGGCGCGCAAACCGGCGGUCAAGCGUCUCGCCAACGUCACACAGCUCUACUUUCUCGACUACUACUUCGACCUCCUCACCUACGUACACACGCGCCAGAACCGACUCUCGCAGUUCAAGGCCCAGAAUCCUGCGCCGCCAGAGACGGACGAGACUGAGUACAAUGACGCCCUCACACAGUACCUCGGUCGUGAGCGAGCGAACCUGCGCAAGCGACGCACUCGGCUGAGGCAGGGCGACUUCCAGAUCCUCACGCAAGUCGGCCAAGGAGGCUAUGGGCAGGUCUACUUGGCCCAGAAGAAGGAUACGAAAGAGGUCUGCGCGCUCAAGGUGAUGAGCAAGAAGCUGUUGUUCAAGCUGGACGAGGUCCGCCAUGUCUUGACUGAGCGCGACAUCUUGACUACCGCAAAGAGCGAAUGGCUCGUCCGACUGCUCUACGCCUUCCAGGAUGACAAGAGCAUCUAUCUUGCCAUGGAAUACGUCCCUGGAGGCGACUUCCGCACCCUGUUGAACAAUACAGGAGUCUUGCACAACCGACAUGCUCGCUUUUACAUUGCAGAAAUGUUCUCCUGUGUCGACUCACUGCAUCAGCUUGGAUACAUUCAUCGAGACCUGAAGCCCGAGAACUUCCUGAUUGAUAGCACCGGCCAUGUCAAAUUGACCGACUUCGGCUUGGCAGCCGGUAUCCUGGCACCUCAGAGGAUCGAAUCGAUGCGUAUAAAGCUGGAAUCCGUCAGUGAUGUCGUCUCGCCAUUCGGACGCCCGAUAGAAGAGCGCUCUGCCGCACAGCGUCGAGAAAACUACCGCUCGCUACGUGAGCGCGAUGUCAACUACGCCAAGAGUAUAGUGGGAAGUCCGGACUACAUGGCUCCGGAAGUUCUCAAGGGCGACGAGUAUGACUUCACGGUCGAUUACUGGAGUUUGGGCUGCAUGCUGUUCGAGGCUUUGGCUGGCUAUCCUCCCUUUGCGGGCGCGACAGUGGAUGAGACAUGGCAGAAUCUUAAGCAGUGGAAAAAGGUCUUGCGGAAGCCGGUAUACGAGGACCCGUCAUACUUUCUUUCCAAGCGCACCUGGGAUCUCAUCGUACGUUUGGUUGCGUCAAAGACGUCUCGCUUCCGCGGCAUUUCCGAGAUUCAUGCUCAUCAAUACUUUGCGGAGGUGGACUGGAACAGGCUGAGGGAGCAAAAGGCGCCCUUCGUUCCCGAAUUGGACAGCGAGACAGACGCCGGCUACUUUGACGACUUUGGUAAUGAAGCCGACAUGGCCAAGUACAAAGAGGUGCACGACAAGCAGGCUGCCCUUGAAGCCAUGCAGGACCGCAAUGAUCAGAUGGGCAAGGGUCUCUUUGUUGGAUUCACCUUCCGCCACAAAAAGACCGUCGAUGAGAACGGGAACACGUCUACUCCCAGGAAACCGCUAUCCGCAGUUGAGGAGAACUUUGGCACUAUCUUCUAA